AUGUCCAAUACCAUUACUGGAGCUAAAGGGAUCACUUUUUCAGGGGAAACCUUCAUAGUGCCUCAAACCCAUGAUAUGGUCAAAACAUUAUUUGAUCCGACCAUUAAAAAGUCUUUAUUUGAGAUGUUAAUUGUGGGUAUCUUGACCAUAAAUAUGGGGGCGGUAUUUUUAAUUCCCGACAAUUCGAUUAGAAUUAAAUGCUUCAUUGGGCUCUAUGUUUUUUGGAGACUUAGUUAUGAUUUUGGGAUAGGUUACGUCUUAAGACAACAAUCAUUACAUAACAAAUGGGUUAAGUGGUGUAGAGAUAACAAAAUUUUCGAAAAGAACAAUAAAUCAUUCUUUUCAAGAUUAUUGAAGUACGAGAUUGGUAGUCAAAUGGGUAAGACUUACGAUAUCGAUGAAUAUCCUAUUGAAUUCAAUACUUGGUUAAUUUUCAGAAGAUUUGUUGAUUUGAUUUUGAUGAGUGACUUUGUUAAUUUUGUGGGUUUGUUCAUGGUUUGUUUCAUUGACAAUGAUUAUGAAUCGAUCAAUCUUGACCAACAAAACAACUGGUUGGUAUAUUUAAGAGUAGUGACUGGUGUCACUUUGAUUAUCUUCAAUUACUGGGUCAAAGUCAAUGCUCAUAACACAAUCAAAGAUUAUGCAUGGUACUGGGGAGAUUUCUUCUUUCGUCAAAUUAAUAAUGAAGAUUUGAUUUUUGAUGGGGUUUUUGAAAUGGUCCCACAUCCAAUGUACUCUGUGGGUUACAUUGGUUACUAUGGUUUUGCUUUAAUUGCUAAAUCUUACACUGUAUUAAUUUUCGCCUGUUUCGGACACUUCCUUCAAAUGAUUUUCUUACACUUCAUUGAGAACCCUCAUAUUGAUAAGAUUUAUGGUCCUUCAGCUAAUGAAAUUGAUAGUUUGAAAUUAAUCAAAUUGAAAGAUUUGAAGAAUUUUAAUAAUGCAAAACCACUUAUUGGUGUAUGGAAUUUCAAUAUCUUGAGAGGUUCAGAUUUGAUGAAUCUAGUUUUGAUUUUCACUUAUUCGAUUUUUGUUCCAUUUUUGUUAUACAUUAGUAACUUUAACAACACUGAAAACAAAUUGGUCAACUUCUUACUGAAAAGCUAUCAAAUCAAUGUCAAAAUCAAUUCUCUUACUGUUUUAUUCUACUUAACUGUGUCCAUAAAAUUAUUCGAGAGUUUUUCCAUCAAUACCUUGUUAUUCUUACAAAGCAACUUCAAGUCUUUCACCAAAUAUUAUUUGUCUAACGAUAUACCAGUUGAAAAAUCGUUAAAUAAUUUUGCUAUUAUUUAUAACUCAUUAAUCAGUUUAACAUAUUCUUCAUUCUUUGGUUUAAAUGUUUUGUAUGUUUUAACAGGUGAAGGAAAACCUGAAUUAUUAUUCAAUGAUUGGUUCUAUUUGAGAAUGUUCAUUGGUAUUUUACUCAUUGUCACACAUACAUGGAUUAAUUGUUCUAUUAUAGACUCAAUUGGAUAUUUUGGUUGGUUCUAUGGAGAUUUCUUUAUUCCAAAAUCUUCAUUACCUCACAAAGCUCAUUUGACUAAAGCUGGUGUCUACAGAUACUUAAACAACCCAGAACAAAUAUUUGGAGUUUGUGGAAUAAUGGGGGUUUGCUUCAUGAUUCCUACCAAUUACAACUUAGUUUUAUGUGGAUUAUGGGUUGCUAACAACUUCAUUAGAAUCAACGGAAUUGAAAAAUUACACAUGAUUAAAUUAUAUGGAGAAAAUGAAGUUUUAAAAGAUUCCGGUGUCACCAAAACCUUCAAAAAGCAUUUGAUCCCCGAUGUUAUCCAAAGAAGAUUAAGUAACAACCACGAUGAUAGCAGAAAUGAUUUGUUGAAACAACAUAGAAGAAAAUCAUCCAUCGUAGCUACUGCAACCGAUACCAUCGAUCAACUUAUCAAAGAGUUGAAAAAGUCAAAUACCAAAUUGACUCAACAAAACAUCUACGAAUUAUCACAAAAUUUGUACUUUGAAAAUAGUGAUUACAAAUUGAAUAUCAAAAAUUUGAGUUAUGAUGAUUCUGAUGAUAAAUUAUUGAAGUUCAUCACCAUUGGAGAACCAAUCCAGGUUGAAUUCAAUUGUCCAGAAACUCAUAGCCCUAAAGAUUGGAUCGGGUUGUACAAGGUUGUUCAGACUUCAUACAGCCGUUACAAAACUUUGAUUAGUUCCAACAACAGAUGGCUUUGGGUGAAAGAUGACUCCAGUGGAGUUUUGACAUUCCAAAAAGAGAAAUUGUUCUGGGAAGAAGGUAUUUAUGAAUUCAGAUAUCAUAUUGAUGGAAAGCAUGAUGUAGCUUAUGUAUCAGAACCAUUUGAAAUCAAAAUUCCAAAAAUCAAUGUUUCAAAUGAUACUGAAGACAUUUUAGAAUUUUCCAAGAUCUUGAAAGGUCAAAUCUUUGAUAAAUUCUUACCUUUCGAUUCUGUAAAUGAUGUGAUUAACGAAAAAUUCGAAACAUCUGACAACUUCUUAGACAGUUACAAGAGAUUAUCCAAAAUAAUUUCAUCAGCAACCAAUAUUCAAAUCAGUGAAAAAAUCUUCUUAUAUAAUGAUGAUUUAACUAUCUUGAAAUUAGGUUCAAAAUUAGUUCAUAUGAAAAAAGUUUUAGAUGAAUUAUCAAACGACGGUUUAUAA